AUGGCCGUCGCCUUUCCGAUGGCCACGAUCGCUGGAAGGCUCCCAGGGACGAACUUUCAAGUUUGUCUAGCCAAACUACAAAACGGCACUUUUGGAGUAGGCAUGGAUGUUGGCGGAACGGACAACCAAGGAAACCCUGUAGACGUCGCUAACGCCACGGGCAUCACGUACAGCCUAUGCCUCCAAGCUUGUGGCGAAAGACAAGAGCCAUUUGAAUUCACCAUUUUCUCGCAGCAAUUCAGCGCGUUUUUGCUCCCGUGGCUAGCGCUGGUUUCCCAGCUCCCGUUCGGCUCCAAUGAUAUGCUGGUGAAUUUGGACUCUGUGCUUACAACCGUUGGAUCACCAACUUUGGCUGCGUAUUCGCUUAUCCUAACUGUCUUAAACAAUCGUUGGGUCACCAGACAGUUUACACAAUACACCUUUCCCAACGUUCGAGAUGCAGUGCGCAUCCUCACUAGCCUGCAGCAAUCGCCCAUCAGAGUCGUGAAAGAUGAUGGGUUUCUUGCGUCCCUCAUUGUUCUGAGCCAGAACGACAAAUGGUGGAGUCAACUUGCCGAGGAGAUCGACUAUAGUCACAACUGGUCCAUUUCUGCAGCCACCUCCAUCGCGUGGGUGGUCAUCGCCUACGUCUUUAGCGUCCUUGAUACUUUCAUAGCGGGCGUUGACACCUCCAUCCAUUCCAAUGGCCUAGGAGUAGGAUCACUUUGGCUGUGGCUUCUCCCCAUCGUCGUUGGGUGGCUACAGUUCUCGCCCAAAUGUGACGCGGCACUGCUCAAGAAAGCCGUAGCGCAUGCGAAUGACCUUGCGUACCUUGCCACGGAUGAUGGGAAGAGUGUUCUCCUGAAGGACAAAACCGACAUACGAGCUAUUGACCUUACCUUGACAGAUGUGGAUGACCUGCAUCGGGAUGAGAAGUGUACUUCGCCAGUCUUCAACUAUGCGCGAUUCUUCCCAAUGUUUCUUGCAUCUGGUCUCGCAUUGAUGUUACAAUGGGGCACGGCUGGAGCUGCCUUCGUUCAAGCCUGGUACACACCUACUCGAGGACUCGGCUGCCGAUCAUUAGCUGUGCUCAUUUACGCUGUCCUCUCCACGACCGUUUGGAUGAUGUUAGUGACCUCAAGCAUCCUAACACACUAUGCCUCGAACCCCCAACACCGCUCUGAAGGCCAUGUCAUCCAUGAAGGUGAGGCCAGAGAUGAAGAAGGCCAGGCCCUCCUUGAAGACAAGGCCAUUCGUCAUCGGUCCACAGCUCGAUGGAUCUCAAUUAUGCUACGCCGUCUCGGAAAGCUCAUCGCCGGCUUCAACGCGGUCUGGGCAGUCACCGCGUGCUUUUGCCAGUUCGGCAACGUCUUUGACAAUUGUUUUUGUAACAGCAGCGUCUUUUCUCUGGGCAAGCACGCGUAUUCUGUCAUAACUCUUCAAGAUCUUGACUUUUGGAUUAUACAAAGUGCGUGGAUUGGCAGCGUGUUUUUGGCGGGCGCCACUGCGGCCAUAUAUGUGCUCUUCGCCAAUUUCCUUAUCGAGCCGCCCUUGCCUGAGAUCGUGCCAGUGGCGACUGAAUGA